UGUCAUUUAGAAAUGAUCUGCGCUGUGGAGCAGGGUAUGUAGCCCCGAACGGUGCUGAUCCAGCUGAGUGCGACCCAAACGGAGAAUUCCCAUGUUGUUCUCCCAAUAAUUGGUGUGGUAACACUGCCGACCAUUGUGAAUGCAGCGAUUGUGUAAAUUAUGCAACAAUGUCAUUUAGAAGUGAUCUGCGCUGUGGAGCAGGGUAUAUAGCCCCGAACGGUGCUGAUCCAGCUGAGUGCGACCCAAACGGAGAAUUCCCAUGUUGUUCUCCCAAUAAUUGGUGUGGUAACACUGCCGACCAUUGUGAAUGCAGCGAUUGUGUAAAUUAUGCAACAAUGUCAUUUAGAAAUGAUCUGCGCUGUGGAGCAGGGUACGUAGCCCCGAACGGUGCUGAUCCAGCUGAGUGCGACCCAAACGGAGAAUUCCCAUGUUGUUCUCCCAAUAUUGGUGUGGUAACACUGCCGACCAUUUGUGAAUGCAGCGAAUGUGUAAAUUAUGCAACAA